AUGUCCGACGGCCAGAAUACUCAGUCUCCAGGCAGUAAUGCACCUUUCUUUUCUCCUUCUCUCUCUCUAAGAUCUGGAGAAUCUGCCAGCCCUUCAAACACCACGAGACGCGCCCUGAACCUCCCCAAGCCCCUUUCCCAGACUUCCAGAGCCCACCAGACUGCCGAAACCCCUUCUAAUACCUUUGCAAAUGCCAACAUCAAUGAAUCUGAGCCAAUCGAGCAAGCCCCCGAGGCUGGAGACCCCUGGCAAGAGCCCAAUGAAGAAGAUGAAAAUGCUCAAGCCGUGAUCAGACAACAAUUGCAAGAAAUGAGGCUGCCCCAAGCACCAGGAGAAGCAGAACGUGGAGGAAAUGCCAGCAAUUCUGGCGAUAACUGGAUUCAUAGGCUUAGAGACGAUGAUGGCACGCCAACCAUCCAAUUCCCCGACGACGACGAUGAUGACCAAGGAUCCGACCAGCUCCCCAGAAGUCUACCCCUCUCUCGCCAAGUUUCCCGGCUUCACCAGCCCCCCAUGGCCACAAUUGAAGAGGAAGAUGAAGAUGAAGUCGAUAGCCAAGCAACUAUCGACGACACUACUCAAGGCCCGUAUGAAGACAUCACUAACGGCCUAAUGGCUAAUAUUACACAUUUCCAGGCCCUUGAGAAGAAAUACAUGAGAAUGUACCAGCCAGAACGAAGAAUAACCGUGCGCAAUGAGCUCAUGGCCACUUCCUCGAAGAUCAAGUCCCUAGUCGAGGCUGGCAGGCGACUACUGGCAGAGAUGACUCAUGGCGAAGGAAUUUACCAAACGAGAGACUACGCCGAUUGGCAGCAGAGGGCAUUAUUGCCGGACCGAGACGUCCUUCUUGGGGUUGGAAGCCGGAAUUGA